AUGGAUGAGCCCCUUUUUAAACAUGCAGAUCUUGCGCACGAUACGAACUGGAUUCCGAAUGCGGAGCCUACACUGGAUUCCGAUCGAAUGGUCACAGGCGUUGAUGUUAUGUCCUAUUUUAUGCCGCCAAGCACGUCAGUGGGUCUCCAGGCGGAAGCAUCGCCACUGGACCGGUUCAUGCGAAAUGAAAUCGCCUACAGUGACUUCAUACAAAUGACUGCAUCUGCCAAACGAGCACGAACUGCACGGUCUGCUGCUACGCUACGAGAAGGUAUGAUGGAAGGCGAUGAGUUUGAGCAGCAGCUCAAAACUGAUGUAACAAAUGAAGAGUUAAACGACGAUAUAUCACUGAUAACGGAGCAUGAAAGACUGCUGGAGGAAGUGGAUGAGGACCGUCUGCUGGGCAUACCGCUCGAACUCAGGAAUAGCGAGUCGACCGCACCAGAAACAGUGCACAGAAUUGGCGGGAGCAGCGAAAGGCGCAUCAAAAUGCCCAAAGCUUUGGAAGCACUUAUCGGCCAUGCCAAUGUUAUCUAUGCAAAAGGACAAACGAAAGAAGCAAUUGCAAUGCUUCUUGAGAACGUUUAUUGUUGCUGUUUAAAGGUAAUCAGGCAGGAGCCUCGCAAUCCAGAAGCAUACCGACAGGUUGCCGACAUCUAUAACGAUUUGAACAGCCCUUAUAAAUCGCUUCAGUACGGUCUCCUUGCAGCGCAUUUAAAUGGCACACGAACUUCAGCUGUCCAGUGGGCAGAUCUUGGUGAUCACGCUUCAAAAUUGAAAAAAACUGAGGAAGCCGCUGCAUGUUACGGACGAGCAAUACGGGCCGAUCCAGCGAAUCAUGCGUACUACGAAAAAAGAAUUGAAGCUUUGGAAAAAACCGAUCUCAAGGCACUUGCAAUGCGAACACGAUUUGCAGCUGCUCAGGCAGUUGAUCACACACAAGUUCCCUUCGAAUGGUUCAAGGAUAUAAUCUUCACUGUGAGUUAA